UGCAACAUCGUCAACUCGUCCGGCUUUUGGACCCGGGUGCCGGAGGGAGUCGGAAUAAACUUGAGCGCAACUGAGCUAAAAGGAAUGGAAAGUAAAAACUCUCACAUGUUCCGUGUGGAGAGUGGCCCCGGGGGCCUUGUGGGAUGAGGUUGCCGUGGCUCAGGCAUCAAAGCAAGCCGCAGAACCGAUACACUGCGCCGUGAUGUUUCAUCACUAGGAACUCCGAAAGCAGAGAGAUCGCUAUCGUAUGCGCCGACUGGAGCCAUGGAUUUGGAGCGACAGAAGCGAAGGGAGGAAAUCCAGAAAGCGCUGGGAUUCAUUCAGUCAUCCUUGCCGUACCCUGAACCAGAAGGUUAUGAGGCGUUUCUGACCCAGCUGGUGUGUAACCUCCUGGAUGAGGGCAACACAGUUUUCCGUGAGGGGGACUGGAGGCAGGCGACGGUGCAGUACAGCGAAGGUGUGAACGUGGCACGCUACGCCCAGGCGGAGGCCCUGCUGAUCCCUGCGGCCUUGCUGGAGAGCCUCUACGUCAACAGGGCCGCGGCGUAUUACAGUCUGGGGGAAUACGAGCAUGCCAUGCAGGACUGCAACAGCACACUGGCCGUGUCGGAGGGGAGCCGCAAGGCACUCUACCGGAAGGCUCUGUGUCUGCGGGAGCUGGGCCGUCUGCGGGAAGCCUACGAAUCCAGCAUGGGGUGCCUGCUGACCGCCCCUCAUCAGUGGCCUCGCCAUGCUUCUCUGCUGCCGUUUUACCCUGUCUGUGCUCCCUGCGGGACUCCUCUCCAUUCAUCAGAGGUGCAGGAGCACCAGGAGUGCAAGUACGGGGAGAACUGCACCUUCGCCUACUGCCAGGAGGAGAUCGACGUGUGGACGCAGGAGCGGAAGGGCGCCCUGAGCCGGGAGCUGCUGUUCGACCCGCUGGGCAGCACCGAGAGGCGGGCACUGAGCGUCACGCGGCUGCUGCAGCAGCACAUGGGCAUGUUUAUGUUCCUCUGUGAGGAGUGUUUUGACAGUAAGCCCCGGAUCAUUAGCAAGCGCAGCAAGGAAAACCUGGCUGUCUGCUCCAACCUCACGGCCCGGCAUCCCUUUGAUGACAACAAGUGCCUGGUGCACGUGGUACGUUCAGCUCACGUGCGCUACUGCAAGGUGCGGCCGCUGCACCCGCUCUGCCAGUUCGACGUGUGCCGCCACGAGGUGCGCUACGGCUGCCAGCGCGAGGACAGCUGCUCCUUCGCCCACUCCGUCAUCGAGCUCAAGUGCUGGGUGCUGCAGCAGGACACUGGAAUCACCCAUGAAGAGAUGGUACAGGAGUCCAAGAGGCACUGGCACAGGCUGGAGCGGAACGCACAGCGCCAGAAGCCUGUGCACAACCCACACCCCAGCAGCGGAGGAGGUAGAGGCGAUGGUAUCAGUGGUGGAGGAGGAGGUGGUGGAGGUGGAGUUGGCGGGGGGAAAGGUAGAGGGCUAAAUCUGAAGAUGAAGUUUGUGUGCGGGCAGUGCUGGAGAGACGGCCAGGUCAACGAACCGGACAAGGCGCUGAAGUACUGUACGGCCAAGGCCCGUCACAGUUGGACGAAGGAGCGCCGGGUACUGCUGGUCAAGUCAUUCGACAAGAAGAAGUGGGUGGUGGUUCGACCGCUGCCGUUUUCACGCACCUACCCUCAGCAGUACGACAUGUGCGUCCACGUCAUGAAGCAGAAGAAGUGCCACUACAUCGGGAACUGCUCCUUCGCCCACAGCCUGGAGGAGAGGGACGUCUGGACCUACAUGAAGAACAACAGCCUGAGGGACAUGCAGCAGAUGUACGACAUGUGGCUGGCGCUGACCAAUCAGAACAGACGGCCCGACGGCACUGUGCUGACCCCGCCCCCAGAGGAGAAGCAGAUCUCCAUGCCGACCGACUACGCUGAGCCAAUGAGCGGCUUCCACUGCCGCCUGUGCGGGAAGCACAGCAACAGCGAGCGUCAGUGGCAGCAGCACAUCUCCUCGGAGAAGCACAAGGACCGAGUGUUCAGCUGCGAGGCCGAGGCCGAGGCCGAAGGCGGGGCUGAGGACGAGGACGAGGGCCUGGCCUGGAGUCACCGCUUCCCUGGGCCGCACUUCCUGCUCUGCCCCAGGCUGGAUGGUGCCUGUCCAGACGGCGUGAGCUGCGACUACGCCCACAGCGAGGAGGAGCUGGCCGAGUGGAGAGAGAGGCGGGACUUCCUGCGGCGCAAACUGUCCAAGGCCCGUGACGACAUGCUGAUCGCGCCCGGCGACUGUGACUUUGGGAAGUACAACUUCCUGCUGCAAGACUGAGGCAAUGCCUGAAAAAAGAGACACACACACACACACACACACACACACACACACACACACACACACACACACACACUGCAGACAUGGAGAGUGGGCAGGCAGUAGAUAUUCACAUGUACACACACCGAAUUAAGUUUGACUACACCGUCUGCACACAUACAUUCUGGGCAUUUUUAUUUCUUCUCCCGCACGCCCUCUGGCUGUGGUUCUCUUGGUUCUACCCCACAAACCCAGUGACAGGCAGAACCCAGAAGCCACACUGAUACCCAGCAACCCCCCCCCCCCAUUUCAUAAAAUGCCCAGCUUUCUCUGAGUAUUAGCAUAGUCUGGCCACCCCCUUCCUCCCCUCUUGUGCUACAGGCACGGUGGUCGACUGCAAAGAACCUCAAAGCAGAGAGGAGCGCGAUUAAUUUUUUUGUUUGUUUUAAAGCUGAUCUUUGGGUAACUUGGUCCUCUGUGGGAUUCUGCCUCCCUUAAGCUUUUGAAUGGGUGGGACGUUCAUCCGGCAGUUUUGCUUAUUGAUGGAGGAGCUAAUUUUCUAACUACUAAAGCACAUUGGAAGGAGGUGGGGCCGUCCUGCUGCAUGGAACGGACCACAGCUUUUGUAAUGUUUUAUGAUUCUUUACCUGAUAACGAACAAGUCAUGCUGAAAGUUUUAUGUAGCAGUUAACGGUGAUCUAUAUAGACAGUAACAUACAGUGAGCUGGAGAUUGGAAGGGAAAAAAACUGCAAAUUGCGACGGACUGCAGAACAGCAUCGCAGGCCGUGACGAUGGGUGCGGUGUGACCUGAUUGGAUAGUGACAGUGGCCUGCCCUACAGAAAGUGUGUGAAGAAUGAGUCUGAUUCGGGGGGGGGACUCCUAUUGGGGGAAUAGGAACAGAGGCGGCGCUCAAUAGGCUAUAAGCCCCUCAAACCCAGCCUUAGAAACGUACCGUCUCAUGCAGCGGAAGGGGCUUUGGCUUCAAUGUGGGUGGGGGCGGGGAUAUGCAAAUAUCGACCUCUAGCUAUUCGGCACACAGGAGCCAAUGGGCUGCCCCGCAAGCAGCCCGCUGUGGAGGAUGGUGCAAGAGAGGUGGGUUAUGGGUACCCGUGAUGUUCCCGUAUGUAUAAGUACACAUCCAUAAAAUGCAAUGCUGUAAUGUACAUCGCUAAUAUCAAGUCACAUCCUUCCACAUGCUCGCCAAGAACAUAUAUAUAUAUUUUUAUAUAGAUGUAUGUCUAUAUACUUAAGCAUAAUACAAGCAUAUAAAUAUUUACAGAAUCAGUAUACUAAUGAUAUUUGAUAUCUUGGCCAUAAAGCUUAAUGAAGGUAUAACGAUUAAUCCUGUAUUGAUUACGUAGUACCUCUUGUUAUUGAGCUGUGCUAUAUUAACUGUAUCGCUAAAUUAGAUUUAUUAAUAAUUGUGCUUCUGUGGGGGUCAUUCCAGAAACUGGUUUUGAUGAUUUGAUGUUGUGUCACUGACCUUACUAUCAUGGCUGGUAGGAUUAAGCUGAAGGAGGAAAGGGACUGUCAACUUCUGUAAGGGGUGUAUGUUUCUGCCCUGAAGGAGGGGCAAAAAUUUGGUUAGAUGCAGCCAAAGAAAAUGAAAGAAUAUCAUGCGGAUGCAGCUUCAGCUUGUGGCUGGGAGCCAACCCUGAAUCACUAUAACACGGACCUAUAGUCAUUUUUGAUACAUUCUUAGCUGUUCGACUCUCCCCCAUUACUGGGGUUAAUGGAACAGGCCGCAAUAUGGCAAAUCAGGUCUUGAAGGGAAUGAUACAUUAAGGAAUCUGUCUAUCACCAGCGAACCAAUUAGAGUUGUGUAUAUAAAGAAGAGGCAGAGCCUUUUCUGGAAUGGCCCAGAUAUAUGCUUCAUUGAGGGACCUUAUUACUAUUAUAAUUACAAUUAUGCGAUUGCUGUUACAAUUUCUGUUCUAUUAUAUGUUCUCUGGAAUUGAUAUGUAUACAUUAAUUGUCAUAACUCUAUAUGUAUCAAUGUAUGAGUAUAAAUUUAUAGAGUAAAUAGAUGUUUAUGUAUGCGCAUGUUAAAAUUUUCUGUCAAGGAAGGCAGGCAAAGUGAGAUGCUGUGUUGAAGAUUAAGACGCUGAAGGGCAGUUUUAGGUGCAAAGUUUCUGUUGUCUUUAUUAUUUUUUAAAUUUUUGCAGAACUGUGAGGUGGUAGGAGCCAGUGCAGGUGCGGGGGGGGGGGGUAAUGCUUAAGUGAAGUGAUGCCGAGGUUUCGGCAUCAGGUGAGAGGUGUGAGUAAUGAGCCCCACCGCCCCCCCCUUCCAAAGAGUAUCCCGUGGAGCAGCUGUCCCUCAAAGGCUGGGACAUGAGCUGUACAAACCAGCAGGCUUACUGGAGUUUGAGGGGGUCGGUUGUCACAUGAAUGACAUGGUAAUCGAAGCAUGCAAAUAGUUCUUUACAGAAAACUGCACUGGUCCACUUUGCUAAAAGCCCCAGCAUAGCAGUGUGGUGAUUAUAUAAGAUUUGCUCCUGUGGGACUUUGUACUGUCGAGUUGCUGUGUAAAGGGCCAAGGCAUACAUAGAUAUUUAUUUCAAACUGUAUAGCGCCUUAUACAAUCUAUAUAGAUGCAAAUAUAUAUACCCUAAACACAUAAUCCUCUUUUCCUCUAUAUAUAAAUUAUAUAGACUUACUUGGGUACAUGAAUAAGAUGUGAUGAUGCUUUGAUUUUCCCUUGAAUGAUGUUAAUGGGUGGAAGUCUGACAAUGUAUGACCUAUGGAAUUUUAUUGCCCAGACUUGUUAAUAAUGAAUACGGGUUAUGUUCUUUGGCUGUGGCUAAUGGAUGUUCUGUGCAGUCUUCUAGGAGCCAUCAUUCUAAUAGUGGACUGUAGCCUGCACAAAGACGGUCCACAAUUAUCUAUUAGGCAUGUGGGAUUGUACAAUCCCGAGGGUCACUUCUGCAAAAAAAAAAGUGUAAUUUGCCAUGCAGUGUCUUUAACCUCAGCCUUGGAUGGGUGCAUGGAUGCUUUGGUAAGAAGGAUGUUUGACCGAAGAUAGUCAGGGCUUGUAGGAUUUCCCAUCGUGUUGGUGGUAAAUGUUUGUCUGCUGGCUCAAGUGCAGGAUUUCAAAGAAAGAGCAGAUCUUUGUGUAUGUGCUUGUGUGCAUUGAACGACUGACACAUUUUGGGAUCACAGUCCUUCCUCUAGGGCUGAUGGCACGUAAAACGAUGCCUUUUACAUUCGUACUUUGACUUCCCAGAGCUUUACGCUCCUCAGAUGAAGGUCUGUAGGUUAACCAACCAAUGCACACACUGAUCAACUCAAUUUCGAUGUUCUUUUGUGUUGUUUAAAGUCUGGAGAAUGAGUAUGAACAAGGAGUUCACCAGCUGAAAUGAAGAAGCCCACCUUUUUAUUGUACUGUAUUUUUAAACCCCCUCUCCUUCUCUCCCUGGAUGAAAAUAAGUAAAUGACCAUGGACCAAAUCUUAUGAAAAUGUUUUAACAAUAAAGACACUGUUUUUGAAAAUGUGA